AAAAACAAUAAAUAUAUAUAUAAAAAAACCUAAAAUAAACUAUUACUACUUGUAUUUGUAACUGAAGGUAUGAAGAUUACAUUUUAAAAAUAUUGAAUUGAAAAAUUGCAAAUAUUUUUACAAAUAUAUUUUUUCUGUUCUCAGAAAACGAACAGCAACAAAACAUUAAUAUUUAAAUAUUUAGAGGAGCAAGUGGGAAAAUAAUAUAUUCCAACAAUUAAAAUAGAAAAUUCUUUAGCUGGGUUUAAAUUUGAAGGAAUAGUUAACCCAAAGAUGAAAAUUCAUCAUGCUCCCCCUUCGAGUAGUAGUUCAAAACCUGUAUGAAUAUCUUUGCUAUGCCGCACACAAAGUAUGAUAUAGUGAAAAAAGUUUAUAACCAGGCUUUUUUGGGCCUCCAUUGACUCAAAACAGCCUGGUUUUUUUGUAGAACGAUAGAUUUUUAAUUUCUGGGUGAACUACUCCUUCAGGGUAUCUUGAUUUCCUUGAUGUCUCAGCUGCAGGGCCGUCAGGUGAGCGGCGGGCAGGUAUUUGACUAUCACUGCAGUAUGGAAAAUGUGCACCCGGGACGUUCUCUAAGGGGUUAUUCAAAGGAGAUUUUGAAGGAGAGCUGUUUCAUUUCAGUCUAAUGGAUCACCGGACUGUUUUGCUGGUGUUUCUCUGCUUUCUGUUUGUCACCGUGCACUCAGAAGUGCAGAGCGAUUACUCGCCCGAAUGCCGUGAGUUUAUGUACAUGGGCACUCCCCCACGGGGUCUGGAGAACCGCUUGUUUAAAAAGAUCUGUCAGCGUUAUAACGGCAAGCCUCGGUAUGUCACGCUGUACGAUGUAGUGGAUCACAUCCCGGUGUAUUCCGCGUAUACUUUCAAGCGCUCCGACGGUUUCAAGAAGGUCGAUGUUCCUUGGAUGUUCGAGCCUCAGCUCUCCACAGCAACAGACUCUGGAGACAUGCAGCCAUUUCCUCCCAGUGAUGUCCAUCAGAGUUUUUCAGAUGCCCAGGCCAUCUUGGAAGACUACUCAAACAUUGUCGAUUUCGAGCGAGGCCAUUUGAACCCCGACGAGCACCAGGCUCACCCUGACGACAAGGCAGCCACGUACACCCUCACCAACGUGGUCCCGCAGAUCCGAGAGUUCAACAUAGGCCACUGGAAAGUACACGAGCACAGCAUCCGCCGUCGACUCAACAACUACUGCCGCGGCAAGGCUUACAUAGUCACGGGGGUCACCACAUCUGGUAGGAUGAUCCGUAGAUAUAACAUCGACCGAGUGGCCAUUCCUACCUACCUGUGGUCUUCUUACUGCUGCGUCGAUCACGACCACAAUGCCCCGUUUGAUGAGCGAUCCAAAUUCCCGGCCUAUGCAGCCUAUGGGCUCAACGAGAAAGAAGGAGCGGAGGUCAUAGAGAUGUCUGUGCAGCAACUGGAAGAUUUUUUGAAGAAGAACACCUUUGUGGACAAGAGGUUUCAGAUUUUCUUUGGGAAUUGUGAGCCUAAUGAUUCGAUAAUGGCAGUCCAGACUUAGUGUCUUCAUCUUGCUUCCUUUAAGAAUUGUGUUCUGUAGAAUGAAUACCAUAUGCUUUUAAAUUAAAGGUUCCAAUUAGUUGGACAGACAUUC